CGCUUGCUGAUGUGUGUAAAUCUCGCGAGAGUGUCAGAGUGAACCGCUUCCGGCGCUGGAGUCUCAGCAGAGAUGUCAGACGGGCUCCUGAUGGAGGUGUGUGUGGACUCAGUUGAGUCUGCCAUAAAUGCAGAAAGGGGAGGUGCUGCUCGGAUUGAGUUGUGCAGUAAUCUGCUGGAGGGAGGAACAACACCAAGCACAGGUCUGCUGCAGGUGGUGAAGGAGAACGUGGAGAUCCCGGUGUUCGUCAUGAUCCGUCCGCGCGGGGGGGAUUUCCUGUACUCUGAGUGGGAGGUGGAGGUGAUGAAGAGGGAGAUCCAGCAGAUGAAGAGUCAGCGGGCGGACGGGCUGGUGUUCGGCGCGCUCACUGAAGACGGACGCGUACACACACACAUCUGCAUGGAGCUGCUGGCUGCUAGUCGUCCUUUACCAGUUACGUUUCACCGAGCAUUUGACAUGGUGCACGAUCCGCUGGUGGCUCUGGAAACUCUGAUCUCGCUGGGCUUCGAGAGGGUUUUGACCAGCGGCUGUGACAGCUCGGCUCUGGAGGGUUUACCGGUGAUCAAACGCCUGGUGGAGCAGGCGAAAGGCAGGAUAGUCAUAAUGCCAGGAGGUGGAAUCACUGAGCGGAACCUGCAGAGGAUUCUGGAAGGUUCUGGAUCUCAGGAGUUUCACUGCUCUGCUCGAUCGAGCAAAGACUCCAGUAUGAAGUUCAGGAACAGUAAUGUGUGUAUGGGAGGCUCUCUGUCUGUACCUGAAUAUGCCGUGAAAGUGGCGGACGUGACUAAAAUACGAGCACUCAACGCCAUCGCCAAAAACACACUCUAGGAAACACGGAGCAGCGCUCACUUACAGCUGCAGAAAUAUAAAUGUCCUGUACAGAGUUACAAGAAGGACACUCUUGAAAUCCAGCAUCAUGUAUAUUGAAUAUUCUGAAUAUCAUGAAGCUGCUCUAUAAGUUUAUGAUGGCAGUUUCAGUUGGAAAUUGCAUUAAAAAGGAUUAAAAAUCAAAUGCACUGUUUCAAUUGAUCGUUUAUGGGAUUGGUGGCUGUAAGUACAGUGCCGGUUCUCUUGAUGUAUGUUGAUAGUUUACAGGACAGCACGAUCCAUCAUUGUGAUCAUUUUGUCUGUUUUUGUGGCUGUUUUUUGAUUAUUAAAUAAAACUGUAAAUAAAAA